AUGGCUACUUUCAAGCUAAACUUUGUUCCAACGUAUCACUAUGAUACUUAUGACGCUAUCUCUGAAACAAAUCCUGACCUAUCCUGCGAGGGAAAGGUCGUCUUUGUUACAGGCGGUGGUCGAGGAAUUGGCCGUGAAAUCGCAAAGGCCUUCGCCGUCGCUGGAGCUAAAGGCAUAUUUAUUGUUGGAAGGACUGGUACAGACUUACUCAGUGCUGUAACGGAGAUCAAAAGUCUCUCGACUGGCACUCCAGUAUCAGUUCACCAUGCCGAAGCCGACAUCACGGUUAGAGAGGCUGUCGCAGCUGCUUUCAAGCAGGCCAUUGCGACAUUUGGCCACAUUGAUAUCCUCAUCCAGAACGCAGGAUAUCUAGAUGCCCAUCGUUCUCUGCUGGACUCCGAUCUCGAUGACUACUGGAAAACGUUUGAGAUCAAUGUCAAAGGAGGCCUACUCGUAACCCAGCAGUUCCUCAAGCAAAGUCAACCAGGUGAUACAAUUAUCAAUGUCGGAUCUGGAGCUGGGCAUCUACCCCCUAUCCCGGGCUACUCUGCCUAUUCCGCAUCAAAGCUUGCAUUCGCAAAGAUGAUAGAAUCUGUCCAGCUGGAGAACCCGCAUCUUCGCGUUUUCAGCAUCAAUCCUGGUGCCAUUGCCACAGAGAUGCAGAAGAAGUCUGGUGAUAUCGCUACAGUGGACAAUAUCCGGCUUCCGGCGUCGUAUUGUGUCUGGCUGGCUGCUUCGGAAGAGGCUGACUGUCUGAAAGGGAGGUUUCUUUGGACCAACUGGGACGUCACAGAACUGUUGCAGCGGAAGGAUGAAAUAAACGAGCAGAAUCUUUUGACUCAUGGCCUUAUUGGUCUGUAA